UACUCGAGGAGCCCUGGUACACCUCGGUUUCCGGCGGUUGCUCCCUCGCGAAUUCGCAAGUGUCCCGCCGCAUCGGGUUCCGUGCAACCCGUAUCGGCCACGUGCUCGCCGCUUGCCUGUUGACGGUUACACCUUGCCUUACGCACCUUCUCCAUUGAUAAUACAUAAUUACGACAGAUUACACUUCGACGCCGGCUUCCUUAACUACCGUCAUAAAAGUUGUUACAGUGAAUUGCUAUUCAUUUUGUAUCAGACAUUAUAUCCUUUUUAAUUAAUAAAAGUAACAUAACUAAUUCAAUAACUAUAAUUAGUUUUAAUGCAAUAUAACAAUUUUAAAUACACUUUCUACAUCAAUUUGAAGUUUGCAAAUUAGUUAAUAUAAAGUAAAUGGACCGUUGCACAAUAAUUUCAGUGUCCCAUACUGUUAAUAGCACAGUAUGGAACCUAUUCAAGCGUCUGGGGAUGAUCGUGAACACACGUACAAAAUAUACAAUAUGUAUAAGCGGACUGAGAGCAUUGACGCCUCUUUAUCAAAUACCCGCAGCGCCAAAGCUGGUCUUUAUGCCAUGAGUGACCAAACAUUUCACACACCAUCCUUUGGCGAUGAAGAGUUUGAUAUACCACUGAUACAUGGACAACACGCAACUAGUGGAGGUGCGCCGAAUUCCCACAUACAGUAUACACAAAUGCACCACGCUGCACCUCAGGUUGGAAUGAUGAAUCCUGCACAAGAUGGUCUAGCUCCGCCGGGCGGUGCGCCGUCUUAUCAACAACCAUUAUAUUUGCAGGAACCGCACACACCCGUAACAACACACAGUGGAGCUGGAGCACCUUCUGGGAAUUAUAUGAUUCAACAGCAACCAGGUGGUCAGCAACAGCUAUUAAUGUUGCAACCAACCCAAGUUAUGAGUGGCCCACCAACCCCAAGCACUCCCACACAACAGGCUCCAGUAUAUGGUUCCCCACAAAGAGCCUCUCCACCUGGCACCACUAGUGAUGACUCGGAUGACAGUGUACCAUCACAACAUUCUCAGAUGAAUAUGACUAUGGGUGUAAAAAGAUCAUCACCUGAACCUAUGGAUAAUGGAAUCAAUCGUGGUCAAAUGCAAAAAAAGCCAAAAGUACAAAAGAAAAAGAAGAAGCGAGAUCCAAAUGAACCACAGAAGCCAGUAUCAGCAUAUGCCUUAUUUUUUCGCGACACACAAGCUGCUAUUAAGGGUCAAAAUCCUAAUGCAAGCUUUGGUGAAGUUUCUAAGAUUGUUGCAUCAAUGUGGGAUGGAUUAGAUUCUGAACAUAAAAGCGUUUACAAGCAAAAAACAGAAGUAGCCAAAAAAGAGUAUUUGAAAGCUUUAGCAGCAUAUAGAGCCAGCUUAGUAUCAAAGGGAUCAGAACAAGACAAUCAAGUGAUAUUCAAUCAUAACAAUCCAAACCCCAAUUACGGAAAUUAUUAUCAGGGCCAAGGAUAUGGUAAUGGCCAUUCACCCCAAGGAUUUGUACCUAAUGCGACCCCUCAAGGAUAUUCUCCACAAAACUAUCCUGGUGGACAGCCUCAAGCUACAUACGCGGGACAGCAACCACAAGGCUACCCAAGUAAUCCCCAACAAUCACCUCAGAACUAUCAAGGGAACAUAGGACAUCCAGCUCAAUCAUACCAAGGGGUACCUGGUCAGCAACCUCAGAACUAUCAAGUAAAUCCAGCUGCAUCCCCCCAAAACUGUCAACCGAACAUGAACCAGUCUCCUCGAAACUACCAACCUACCCAAUCACCCCCCAAUUAUGCAGCAAGUGCCGGACUGUCCCCUCCUAAUUAUAGACAAGUACAAUCUCAAUCACCUCCAAUGGCCAAUGUGCAUGCAGCUAUGCAAUAUCAUCACAGUCAGCAGAUGCAACAAGCACAUCAAGUCCAGCAAUACCAGCAACAGUCUCAGCAAAACCACCAACAAGCAACACAACAACAAAAUCAAAACCCACAGCAUCAUCAGCAAACGCAGCAACAACACCAUCAGCAACAGCAUCAACAACCACAACAACUUCAUCAACAACAGCCACCACCGCAGCAACAAGCACAAAACCAAGCAAUCAAAAGUGAACCACACACAAACAACAAUAAUGGUUCUUCCGGUAUUCCACAACAAUCUUCAGAGCAAACUGAAACAAAUACAACAACAUCUUGUGUCAGACAAGGCUGCACCAAUCCUGCCAUUGCCAACAGUGAAUGGGAAAAUGAAUAUUGCUCUAAUGAAUGUGUAGUCAGUCAUUGCAGAGAUGUCUUCAGCUCUUGGGUUGCAUCAAACACGAACAACCAAAUGCAAAAUUUUUCUGCCGUGAAGUAAAAUGCAUAUCACAAAAUUAAUUGAAUUAAGAAAUAAUAAUAUUUUAUAUGAUUUAACAUUACAACAUUUUGUAAUAAAAUGACAAAGAAAAACAUUUUGUCAAACAGAUUGUUAUGUUUUAAAUUAUACCUCGAAGUUAUCAGUAUUGUUUUGUUUUGUAUAAAGUAGUCAGAUAAAACAAGUAAUUUUUUAUAAUUUUAAUGUUGUAAUUUAGCUCGUAACCACGAUAUGUAGUUAUGUGAAUAACUAUUAAAUAGGCAAAUAAGAUUUUUGAACUGGAACUCAACAAACACCAUACUUAUUUAAAAAACAAAAAUGUACCUCCUAUGUGUCUUAAAUUUGUUUAUAUAUAUUUUAAACAUAAUUUUUUCAAAAAUUAAUAUUAUGUUAAAAUGGUUUGGUGAAUUUGUUUGUUAUUUUGUCAUAGAUCUAAAAUUUAAAUGGUAUUUUAAAGUUCAAAUAUUGUCAGUAAUCCAUUUUUGGUUGCAUCAUAGAUAAAUAAUUCAUGAUUAAUGUAAUUGUGACUAGUGAUCACAUAAAAUCAUAUUUUUUUUAUUCUCAAUCAUGUGUUGAUAUUGUAGCCCUGAAAUUGAAAUACAUUACACCUUGUUAAAUUAAAUGUAGGUUUUACUAUUAUGUUUAUUUAAAUAGGUAGAAUCUCAUAUUCAAAAAUCAUGUUUAAUUGAUAUUCACAAGUUACAUUUUUGCCUUAAAUAACAUUAAGAUACUUAGUUUUAAAUUAUAGUUUUUAAGUGUUAUUAGGCCAACGACACAAAAUUUUGACAUAAAACUAAUUACGAUUACUAAAAAAUAGGUAAACUCCUAUGUGAAAUAAAAGCAUUAUCACAAUGUUAUGUGAAAUUAGAUUUGAAUAGUAGAAUAUUAUAGAAAUGUUUAACAUUGGGCUAAAUAAGUGAUGUAUCAGACAUAGCAUGACAUUAAAAAUAAUGCAUUCUUUAUAAAUUAAGUAGUUAUUUCUUGUAAAUUGACUAUUAAUAAUAAUCCUAUGUACACGAUGGCAAUAUUUACUCAUUCCUCUAGGAGUUGUGCUUAGCAUAGGUUUUAGCUGGACCAAAAUGUCAUUUAUAUUCAAAGCAAUGAUAUGUUUAAGGUAUUGUUUUAUUACUGUACAUUGAUAAUUAAACAAAGAAUGUAAAUAGAUAUUUGCAGUGAUAGUUAUAUUCUAGGACUGCUCACGAUACAUCAAGUGUUGUGUUUCGCCUAAGUAGUCCCGUUAGUUCACUUAGUAAGUGGAAAUUAUCUUUAUUAAAAUGUAAAAUUACAAUGUAUAAAUUAUGUAACUAGAACUUCAUUAAAUUUCCUAAGCCAUU